AUGUCUUGCAAUUUAUACGGUGAUCUUCCUUCUAGUGUUUUUCAGAUACCGAAUCUUGAAGUGCUUGUUUUGACCUCUAACAGAAAACUAACAGGCCAUCUUCCUGAUUUUCAAUUAGGUGGCCUUCCUCUUAGAAAACUCGAUCUUACUGCCACAGCUUUAUCAGGAGAGUUGCCACAUUCAAUUGGCAACUUAGGUUUCUUGAAUUCUCUUAGGAUAAGGGAUUGUCAGUUCUCAGGAAAUAUUCCUGCAUCACUUGGUAAUUUGACCAGGCUAAUUCGACUAUCUCUUAGUGAUAACAAUUUUGACGGUGACAUCCCAUCCUCUCUUACAAAUUUAACCCAGCUUCGCGUGUUUGGCAUAUCGAGUCUGAAGGUCAGAACCGGAGACUUGCGUUCCUGGCUGCCUAAGUUUAACAAACUGACUGCCUUAGGACUUGGCAGUGUAAGUGGCUUGCACUAUGUCAAUCAAAAUGAUCUGUCUUUCAUUGCAAAUUUUACUAAGCUUGUAUAUUUAAACCUUACUGCAAACCAGCUAACUGGUGAAGUCCCACAUUGGCUCAUCAAUAUGACCCAAUUAACUUGGUUUUAUGUUGGAGAAAAUCAAUUACAGGGUCCAAUACCACAAUGGUUUUCACACCUUACCAGUCUUCGUUCUUUAAGUUUAUCUCACAACAAUUUAUCCUGUGACUUUGAAAUAUUCCUCAAGAUGAAAAAUCUUCGUUCUCUAGAUCUAUCCAGUACUAGAAUAACAUUCCCUUCUAAUACAAGCAUCAACUCCUCGCUUCUCAGUAAACAAUUCGAUAUCUUGAACCUUGGCUCCUGCAAUUUGACAGACUUCCCUCAAUUUCUUCGUAAACAGGAUAAUCUACAGUUUCUUUCCUUAAGCGGGAACAAUAUCAAUAGUACUAUACCAAAAUGGUUUAUGAACAUAUCUCGAGGGAGUCUCUUGCUACUCGAUCUUUCAGAAAACUUAUUGACAAGUUUUGAACAGUCUCAACUAGUCCUUCCAUGGACUAGUUUGAAGUUCUUGGAUCUUACUGGUAACAGAUUAAAGGGGAUAUUACCUUAUCCAUCAAAAACUACUGAGAUUUAUCUAAUCUCCCAUAAUCUGUUGACUGGUUUUAUUCCGCAACAAGUAUGCUUUUUGAGUGCUCUAACUUUCCUAGACUUGUCUGACAACAACUUGAGUGGUGAAAUUCCCUCAUAUAUAGCUAAGCUCCUUAGCACUUCACUGGUAGCUCUGAAUUUGAGAGGAAACAAUUUCCACGGCACUAUCCCUGCAAGUUUUACUCGCUCGUGCAAAUUAAAGAUGAUCAAUUUAAGCGAAAAUGAGUUGAAUGGUGAGCUCCCAAGGUCGUUGGCCAACUGUGAGAUGCUUGAAUUGCUCGAUGUAAGCAACAAUCGUGUGAAAGAUAUUUUUCCAUAUUGGUUAAAAAGUCUUUCCAAGUUGCAGGUUCUUGUCCUGCGACAUAACUAUUUUCAUGGCCACAUACCAAGUUCGGUAUCAAAUGAUGAUUUUCGGAGUUUGCAUGUUUUGGACUUGUCUUACAAUCUUCAUACUGGUAAGAUUACCAUUCGACUAUCUUCAAAAUUUGCAAGCGAAGAGAAGUUCAAAUCCAUACGAGUGGGAUUCAUCCAGCAUCAUAAUCCCUUCAUCUUUACUUGUAUUUGA